UGCACACGUUUUCCCCUAUAAAACCACCAUCGUCUUACCUAGUUAACCUUCUUUCGCCUCACGUCUCGCCCAUUCGCUUGAUUUCUGCCUCCCCUACUCCUUUCUUCCCAUACCUUUUAAGCUUUAGGAGAUCUGUUUUCCCGGCCCCCUGAUUAUUCGAUUAAUCUUGCCAUAGCUAUUCGUGUUUUCCGAUUGGGGUUCUGAUCUGAGCCUAAUCUCUGGGAUUUGACACAAACCAUUCGGGUUUAGGUUUCGAUUGCGUCGAUGAAGUUAGAUUUUAUAUGACAUUUAACGUCCUCAUGCGUCGCGUUCGUUUGCUACACUCGUUCUCGGUUGUGUUUCUCUACUGGUUCUACGUUUUCUCAUGAAUCAAUUCCCGAUCUGAAGAAACAUUUCUAUCAGAUUGACCGUCAUUGAUUUAUAGGUAGCCUAACUCUUAGAACCCUAAUUUCUGUUUGUUUCACAAAUUUCUGAUCCAAAUUCGUUCAAUUAAUAAGUAAGAGCGCCGUUUUGGUAAUUUCCUUUUGAGGGGAAAUAUAUUGAUGGCUUCGGUUCAACGAUCUGCGAGUUCCGGAUCCGAUGGUGGUGACCCGCGUUUUGCGGUCGACGAGAGGAAGAGGAAGAGGAUGCUGUCGAACCGCGAAUCGGCUAGGCGGUCACGGAUGAAGAAGCAGAAGCAGAUGGAGGAUCUGACGAACGAGACCAGCCGGUUGCAGAUGGCGAACAACCAGCUGGUGCAGAGCAUCAACGUUAAGGAGCAAGCCUACGUGGCGAUCGAGUCCGCGAACAAUAUCCUCCGGGCCCAAGUCAUGGAGCUUACCGAUCGCUUGCGGUCCUUGAACUCAGUGCUUCAGAUUAUAGAGGAAGUGAGCGGGUUCUCGGUGGAUAUUCCGGAGAUACCAGAUCCGCUGAUGAACCCGUGGCAGCUCCACCAUCAGAUGCAGCCGAUCGUGGCGUCCGCCGACAUGUUUCUGAGUUGAUAGAGAAUAUCCACAGGCUCGGCCCUUUGGUGCGAGUCAUUUUGUUUUCUAGCUUGAUGUGUGUCGUUUGGACUGAAAUAAUGGAGUGCACCGUGUGGCACAGAGCUUAAACAUGUUUGUGGGUGUUGUUUAAUUUGGUCUCCUGUUUGGUAUGUAAAAAGAGUUGUUAUCGUUGUGUUCAUGAGAAUGUGAUGUUUCUUUUUCAAUGAUA